UCUCUCUCGACCGCCCGCCUGCCCGACCGCCUAUCCCCUGAGGCCGUAUGCGAUCCCGCUAAGCUUCUUUACCGUACGAUCGACCCAUCUACCGCGGAUCUUGACGACACCCCCUUCUUCCCCCAACCCCCUUUUGUCGUUCAUCAUGGGAUUCUUGGGUGUUUACAGGGCCAUAUACGACUAUGCGCCUCAGUCGGAAGGGGAGCUUUCAAUACGCGAAGGUGACAUCCUUUAUGUUUUGGAAAAGAGCGAGGACGACGACUGGUGGAAGGCUAAGAAAAAGGCCAGUGCCGAUGAGGAUGAGCCUGUUGGCCUAGUGCCCAACAAUUACGUGGAAGAGGCGCAACCUGAGGGCCAGGCUCGUGCCUUGUACGAGUACACACGCCAGACCGAUGAAGAGCUAUCCUUCCCUGAAGAUGCUCAGCUGCGAGUUUUCGACACGUCGGACCCCGACUGGAUCCUUGUCGGGUUUGAGAAGGAUUACGGCUUCGCUCCGGCCAACUACAUCGAGAUAGGCGCCGCCGCUAUUACCCAACGAAAACCCGAACCGGUGCGUGAACCAGAGCCCAGUCCAACACCCGAAACUCGCUCACUGCCUGAGCCUCCGUCUUUGCCUGCGCGGCCUCCUGUUUCGGCCGAGCCGGAAACGUCCCGGAGCCCGCCUCUUCCAGCACGGAACCUGCCAGCAGAACCUGCGGUAACUCCGCCGACCCCGACGGGCCCUGCUACGGCUCUAGCGAACGUUAUGCAGAAUAGGAGCUCUACUCGCGCGGCGACGCCUGCGCCAGUAACUUUGCCGCCCCGCCAACAGUACCAUUCUGACGAUUCUGAUGGCGAGCCGAGCCCGGCGCUUCCCGCCCGGCCACUAUCUCAGCCAAUUCCCUCCAAUGGCCAACCUACUACCUCGGUUCUUCCACAACGGUCCUCCAGCCGCCGUGAUUAUCCCGACGAAUCGUACCCCUCGCAGUCGAGCCGUAUCGCGCCAGGCGGUUUUCACAUGUAUAAUAUCAAUGAAAUGGUAUCUGUGAUGGGAAAGAAAAAGAAGAUGCCGACGACACUCGGCGUCAAUCUCAAGACUGGGAUUAUCCUAAUUGCUCCCGAGCGUGCCCAGGACGGCCCCACGCACGAGUGGACUGCCGACAAGAUGACCCAUUACUCGAGAGAGGGAAAGCACGUGUUUCUCGAGCUUGUUCGGCCAAGCAAAAGUGUUGAUUUCCACGCGGGGGCAAAGGACACGGCGGAGGAAAUCGUCAGCGCUCUGGGCGAGCUAUCGGGAGCCAUGCGCGCCGAGGGGCUACGGGAGGUUAUCAUGGCUGGGACUGGCCAAAGCAGCCAGAAAAGGGGCCAGGUUCUCUACGACUUCAUGGCCCAGGGAGACGACGAGGUAACUGUCGCUGUAGGGGACGAGGUCCUCAUCAUCGACGACACCAAGAGCGAAGAAUGGUGGCAGGUUCGGCGUCUGAAAAAUGGCAAAGAAGGUGUCGUUCCGAGUAGCUAUAUUGAAGUCGUCGGGACGAUCGCGUCGUCGGCCCCCGCCGGAGUCAACGCCGGGCGAUCCACUGUGGCGCAGAACAGGCUAGAGGAGCAGCGUUUGACGAAAGAGGCCGUCAAGAAGGAUCCGAGAACAGCAGAGGUAGGGCCUGGGAUGCGUUUGCCCGCAAGAAAUAGCAGUUUGUCAGCCGGGAACAAUGGUAACACUUCUGGGCAACAGCGAAACAGACACGAAGGCGGCCGAGCAGAAGGCGGCCGCUCUAGUUCAUCCAAGCCUAAACCCGAUAUGUCCAAGCUGCGAACUUGGACCGAUCGUUCCAAGUCCUUCAGCGUAGAAGCUCAAUUUCUCGGCCUCAGGGACGGAAAGAUCAACUUGCACAAGAUGAACGGGGUCAAGAUCGCCGUCCCCGUGGCUAAAAUGUCCAUCGACGACAUCGAAUACGUCGAACGAGUCAUGGGGAUCUCCCUGGACGAAGACAAGCCUCUGUCCGAGGUGAAGCGCGCGAAAACGGCAAAGGCUGCUGCGAACCGGGAGGCUUCUAACAAAGUUGGCGCCACCAUCGAGCCGACGAAAUCAGAUUACGAUUGGUUCCAAUUCUUCCUAUCGUGCGACGUAGCUGUCGGUCUCUGCGAGCGUUACGCCCAAGCAUUCGCCAAAGAUUCCAUGGAUGAGAGUGUUUUGCCAGAUGUAGACGCUAGUAUACUGCGAAAUCUUGGUUUGCGGGAAGGGGAUAUCAUCAAGGUCAUGCGUUACUUGGACAAGAGAUUCGGCCGGGAAGGCAAGAGGAGGAACGUCAACUUCGCCGGGGACGACGACGGAGACAACGGUUCCGCCGGCGGUCUCUUCUCAGGUCCGGGUGGAACACUUCGAAACAACACGCGAAAAGGUCGUCCCGCUCCGGCUGUUCAAACCAACGACACUAUAGAUCCCAAGGCGUUUACUCAGCAGAAGGAUAGCAGCGCCCAGGAUCCAGAGCCGCCCUCGCCUACAGUGGCCCGCUCGAAGGCCACCGACAAGAAUAGCGGCGGAUUUGAUGACGACGCUUGGGACGUGAAGCCAACCAAACAGCCAGAGCCGGCAGAGGUGAAACCGGCGCCGGCCCCUGAACAGAAGCCGUCAGCACCCAUUCAAACUCAGCGACCGCCAACGCAGGCCAUGCAAGAACUUUCUCUUCUGACGGCCCCGUUGGAGCCGAGUAGACCGCAACCUAACACUACGACGGCUGCGAUCGUCCAACCACUACCGCUACCUCAACUCCAACCACAAGAGCCCCAACCACAACUCCAGCCUCAACUUCAACCCCAACUCCAACCUCAAGGCGCAACGCCGGCUUUCUUUACAGGCAUCCCUCAGCAACAGACAGGCAUUUCACCGACGGCCGCCGUGGCGGCUGCACCGGCUCAGCCUCUGAACCUUGGCCUUGGCAACCGGUCACGACCCAUACCACCUCAGGUAACCGGGAGCCAAGGUGCCCUGAUGCCGCCGCCCCCAGCGCGGCCGUUGUCGGCACCACAUUCGGUCCAGCCAAGCGGAUUUGCGCCGCCUCCACUACAGCCUCAGACGACGGGUAUCGCGCCUCUAGGGCAGAGUCUGCACGAGCUUAACCAACAGCGCAUACACCAACAGUACCUGGGGCCUUUCCAGGCACAGCCAACCGGGCAGGGACUAAUGCCGUUCAACGCGGGUGCUGGCAUACAACACCAACCCGGAUUCGGACCCGGUCAGUUCAUGCAACCCCAAAUAACGGGGAUUACCAUGCAAAGCCCGUUCGCAGACCCUCGCCCACAGCAGUUUUCCCCCAUUCCGAACCAAUCUACCGGGUUCCCGGCCGCCUUCCCGCCUGGCCAGCAAUUCCCGCAGCCGGGCGGAAUCAACUCCUUCCUGCCGCCCGCUUUGGAGCCUCAGAGGACAGGAAUCCCGUCGAUACAACCGCCGCUGCAACCACAACCCACUAGCUUUGGCGGAUUUGGGCAGGGUUUCAACCCCGGCAUGAACAGCAUAGCCGCGCAACAACCGCCGGUGGCUCCUCUCCUCCCCCAGAAGACCGGACCAGCGCCCCCAGUGCGUUUCGGAGUCGCGGAUAAGAUUGCCCCCCAGCCAACCGGCCGUCGCGCAAACCUCUCACAAGCAACGCCGGAGAACCCGUUUGGUUUCUAACCAUCCUCUGCCGCGCCGGUUUUCCUUUCUUAGAUACGAUGCUCCGGCCAGCGGCCCGGAAUAUCAUGGCCUAGUGUACAUCGUGCCGCUCUAGAUAUAGCCAACGCUGGCCUUAUUAUUUACGUUUUGCUCUAUACCCAACGCGUCGUGCACGCGAACUUCUACGUAACGCAGCUCCGCGCUACGCAGUGCCGGGACGCAUUGUCCUAGGAUCAUCGCAGAGAUCGACACGCGUGUUCCUAGGUAGCCAAAGCAAAGCCAGUCACGGGGGUUAGAUAGAAGAGGGAUGCAAGACUAGCCGGAUAGGGGAGUAGGAGAGGAGAGGAGAGGAGAGGCUACCUGGACGCUUCCGUCCAAGUAGAAUGUACGGUCCCUGUUAGGUACACGCACACACACACAUAGUGUUACUAUUUUACAAAUAAUUUGUAUACCUCUUAUAGGAGCGUCUAUUUCGCGACCAAGGCGAG